AUGGAUAUAGAAGUUGGUGAGGAAGAAGGAAGAGUUGGUGAUGAAGUAAGGAAGGUUGGAGACGAAGAAGGAGGACCUGGCGGCGAAGAACGAAACCCUGGCGGUGAAGGGCGAAGUCCUGGCGGCGAAAGGCAAAGUCCUGGCGGUGACGCAGCUGAGGGUGGCGAACGGAGCCACGAAAUUGUGAUUGAAAGAGCGGGGGAAGAAAUGCAAACGGCUGGAAGAUCGUGGGCAGAUAUUGUUGGUUCGCAGAAUUUAAGUCAAGGAGCUGUACCGUUACCACAUGCUCAGUUUGGAGCUAGGUUUGCUGGACCCAACUCCGUUGUGUUGCAUACUCAAGCGUUUAAGGAUAUUACAGUGCGUGAGGUCAUGGAUGCCGUUUUAAAAUGUGUGAGACAAGAUACAAUUAAAUAUGUGCAACAAGUUCCUGGACCUCGGUAUCGUUUGACUUUUCGCUCGAGUUAUUGCUCAAGAGCUUGA